AUGGCCGUCUCUCCGGAGGUCAGCGCCUCCAGAGGAGAAGACGCCGUCCUCAGCUGCUCCCUCACCAGCUCCAGACCACAGCAGCACUCAGGGCAGAUCCAGAUCAAGUGGUUCACCGGAGCUGCAGGUUCUUCACCGGUCUUCAGCUGCUCAGUCAGAAACGACUCAGCGACUCAGGGACUCGGCAACUGUUCGUUUCCUGAGCUCAAACACUCGCUGAGUGGAGACCCAAGGCGGGGGGGGCUGUCCCUCCUCAUCAGGGCGGUCCAACUGGCGGACGAAGGUCAGUACGUCUGCUGGGUGGAGCUGGACCACCGGCGCAGGUUGAUCCAGAAGACACAGCUUCGUGUGACAGCUGAACCUCAGAUCCUGAGUCUGGUUGUGGUGGAGCCCCCCCCCCCGGCCUCUGGCAGCGCCCCCUGGAGGCUGCGGUGUGAGGUGGAGGGCAACCCGCUGCCCCAGCUGGUCUGGCUUCUGGCCUCCAGGCUGAAGUUAGAGGACCAGGGGCAGACGACUGAGGCGGGUCCGUUCCGACGGAUCGGUGAGGUGCCGUACCGGGAGGGGGAGGAGCUGACCUGCAGGGCGGAGAGCCGGCUGGGCGGAGCUCAGAGGACGUAUCCACCCAGUCAGACCGGGAUGCUAACAGCGCUGGUGUGUGGCCUCAUGGGGGCGCUAGUGCUGCUGCUGCUGCUCGUCACAGCAGGAAUCCUUCACUGUCGCAGAAACAGACCUCCAGUCGACACUUCUUCUGUUUACGAGAACGUUGAUGUGAAGAACCUCGGUGUGCGAGCGUCUGAUCCUCCAGCCGACCCAGACUCUGAGAUCCAGCUGCUUUAUUCAGUCGUGGGCAGUCAUCAGCUGUUGAGCUCCGGCUGUCCACCUGGGACAGGUGAGGAGACGGGUGAGGAGACGGGUGAGGAGACGGGUGAGGAACCAGGUGAGGAGACGGUUGAGGAGAGGGGUGAGGAGAGGGGUGAGGAGACGGGUGAGGAGACGGGUGAGGAACCAGGUGAGGAGACGGUUGAGGAGAGGGGUGAGGAGACAGGUGAGGAGACGGGUGAGGAGAGGGGUGAGGAGACGGGUGAGGAGAGGGGUGAGGAGACGGGUGAGGAGCCAGGUGAGGAGCCAGGAGGUCCCAGAGGAGGAGGUUCCUCUUAG